AUUGCCCAGUUAAUCAAAGUAGUGCAACAACCCGGAAUAGAUCAGUAAUUUGUGCACUAAAGCAAUUGUCACUCUGCCAAGGUUAAUCUGAACUUGGAGGUCACUGAGUUUAUAUCGAAACUCAAUUAAAACAACGAAGCUUGAUGGCGACUGACGAUAUUGGGAGAGAAGUCGCAACGAAUAACCAAGUAGCUCAGGAUAUGAUAUGGAAAGGCCAUUGUGAGCUAGAGCAAAGAAGCACCAAAAACUACAACUCAAAGUGGGGCUUUCUACAAGGUCCAGUUGAGAAUUUUGUAAAGGAAGAUUUGGAUAAAUUGGUUGAUCCCAAUCGGCCGAACUGGAGAGAGAUGGCGAAGGACAAAUUGGUAGAGCCCAAGGUUGAGAGCAGUCAGCUAAAAGUACUUCCGUCGCCAAAACCUGUCCCACUUACAACUUCUGGUAUGAUUGGAUGGCGGGCGGUGGAUCACAGAAACUGGCCAGAUAGAUACGGUCGCUACGUGGCGCCAAGAACCAAUAUUUUCAAGCAACUAAACUGGCCUAGUGACGUUGCCCUAUGA